AUGGGGCAGCAGUUCAGCUGGGAGGAGGCGGAGGCAGCCGGCGAGAUGGACGUGGCGGAGCUCCAGGAGUGGUACAAGAAGUUCGUGGUGGAGUGCCCCAGCGGCACGCUCUUCAUGCACGAGUUCAAGCGCUUCUUCAAGGUCACAGGCAAUGAGGAGGCCACCCAGUACGUAGAGGGCAUGUUUCGAGCCUUCGACAAGAACGGGGACAACACCAUCGACUUCCUGGAGUACGUGGCAGCCCUGAACCUGGUGCUGAGGGGCACCCUGGAGCACAAGCUGAAGUGGACCUUCAAGAUCUAUGACAAGGACCGCAACGGCUGCAUCGACCGCCCGGAGCUGCUCGACAUUGUAGAGGCGAUUUACAAGCUGAAGAAAGCCUGCAGGGUGGAGGGGGAGGCCGGGCAGCAGGGCCAGCUGCUCACGCCCGAGGAGGUCGUGGACCGGAUCUUCCUCCUGGUGGAUACGAACGGAGACGGCCAGCUGUCUCUGAAUGAGUUCAUCGAAGGUGCCCGCCGGGACCAGUGGGUGAUGAAGAUGCUGCAGAUGGACGUGAACCCCGGCGGCUGGAUCUCCCAGCAGAGGCGGAGAAGUGCCAUGUUCUGAGUCCACAGGCCCCUCCCAGACUCCAGGCUCAGCAGGUGUCCGGAGCAGUUCAGGGGGAGGGGGGUGCUGGCUCAGCCCCCUCAUGCCCAAUGCCCACUCAGCUUACCCCCUUCAGCUGCUCCUGGGCUGGGCAAUGAUGAGGCUCCCACAAAUUCCUACAGGGUUCUUAGCUGGAAGCAGGGCACAUGGAGGGGUGGGGUCCCACAGGCCACACUAACAAUGAGAAUGCCUAGGAGGUAGGGCCUGAAAGUGUUGAGUCUGAAGAAAAGACGCAUCUGCUGUGUGUGAUGGGGGGGUAAUUACGUCCCCCCAGAUCCUGAGGCAUGUUCACAGAGGGCGCUCACCUCCUCCCCAGUUGCCCGCACCUGGGUGCCCGCGGGGAAACUGGGCGAGGCAGGCUGGGCUCUCCCGCCCUCAGAGGGUCCGCCGCGCUGCUCCCUCAGCCCCCGCUGCACCCCACCCCUCUGCUCCCCUCCCUACCCCUGGUGCCCACGCUUGCCUCUCCACCGCCCUCCCCAGCAUGGCCCUUCCAUGAUUCCCAUGAUUCCCAGCCACAAGCCCAGCACGUCUCCUUAGCGAAGGGAGACACCUUCCCUGCCUCUGGGGAGAACUGGGGGCCUGACGACCUGGGUUCUAGGUCAGGCUUUGCCUCCACCUGCUAUGUGACCCCGAUGGCCAUUUCUCCUCUGGACCUCGGUUACCUGGUCUGCACCGUGAGCGGGACUGGACUAGACCCGCAGUUUUCAGAUGAUUAUUCUUUAGAUUUUGAAUUACUUUUGUUAUACAAAUUCUGUGCACAACCCCGAUGUAGAAACUAGAUUAAAAGGGAGGCGCUCUGGCUGAAGGGGGCUGAGCGACUCAGACCCCUCCCACCGCUGGAGCCAGAGGCACCUCUGAGAACGCGAGGCUGGUCAGUGUUACCCAGCGUUACCCACCUAAAGGGGGACCUGGAGACAUGCUUGCUUUA